AUGUUCGCCGUACCCGGUUGGUCGAUAUCGACCUCCGAUCUGAAGUCGCAGAAGGAUGUGUCGUCGAAUAAGAACGAAACAUCCAAUGCCAAAACACCAGCAGCACCUGCGACCGGAGCCAACCAAAUUGGGCAAGCAGGUGGUAACGAGAGUGCCAAGAAGAGAAAGAGAGACAAUGGCGUGACCAAGUCUAAUGUCGAUGAGAUGUUUAAACGACAUAUUGAGGGCCAUAUCGAGAAGAGCGGCAAGAAGAAUAAGAACAAGAACAAGAAGAACAAGGAAAAGAAAGAGAACGGACAAUCUGGAAGCAACGAGGCAGUAGUUCAGGAGACAAAUGCUGAAGCUGGAGAGGGAAGAGCGAACAAGAAGCAGAAGAAGGCUCGCGAUGAGGAAAAGAAGACAUCAGUUACGGCCGGUGACACUCAACCCGCUACGACCACCGUAGUAUCAUUACCACCAGCUCCGCCCUCCACAGCAAAACUCACUCCCCUCCAGCAGAAAAUGCGCGACAAGCUCGUAUCCUCUCGCUUCCGUCACCUCAACGAGACUCUCUACACUACUCCCUCCAAACAGGCCCAGGCCAUGUUCGACGCAAACCCAGAGCUAUUCACAGAAUACCAUGAUGGAUUCUCACGACAAGUCAAAGAAUCAUGGCCCUCGAACCCCGUCGAUGGCUAUAUUGCUGCUGUCAGGAAACGUGCCACUGUACCAGCUAAUCACGACAAAAGGAGGCAUAACAGCCAGAACAAUGCAGGUGGUGUUGCACCUCUCCCACGCAGACCAAACGGUUUCUGCACCAUAGCCGACUUGGGUUGUGGCGACGCCCAAUUCGCGCGCUCCCUGACUCCCUCCGCUAAGAAACUUCAACUCAAACUUACCAGCUACGACCUGCAGUCUCCCGACGAGGCACUCGUUACAAAAGCUGAUAUUGCGAAUUUACCAGUGACAGAUGGAAGUGUCGACGUUACGAUCUUUUGUCUCAGUCUCAUGGGUACUAAUUGGGUGUCCUUCGUCGAAGAAGCGUGGCGCGUACUCCGCGGUGAUGGCAAAGGUGAAUGCUGGGUUAGUGAAGUCAAGAGCCGAUUCGGCAAAGUCAAUCGCAAGAAAGCCCAAAUUGGGCUCAAGCGCGACGACGCAGCGGGACUGUCAAAUACGCAAAAGAAGAAGUUGAAGAACAAAAAGAAGAAAAAGAACGGGAACAAUGAAUCUGAUGAUGAGGAUGACCAAGACGAUGAAGAAAUCUACGCCGAAGACGCCCAACCAUCUGCCUCUAGUGGUAAUGACGACACUGACAUCUCCGCGUUUGUGGAGGUAUUCAAAUCUCGCGGCUUUGUGCUCAAGCAGGAAUCCGUGGAUAAAUCGAAUAAGAUGUUUGUCAAGAUGGAGUUUAUUAAGGCUGGUGGGGCGCCUACAAAGGGCAAAUAUGCGGGGAUUACGCCGGCGCCGGCUGGAAGGCCUGAGAAGAAGCAGGCGGCUGCUCCGGUGCAGACUAAGAAGAGGUUCAUUGAUCGAGAUCGUGGGGAUGAUGAGAAUAAAGGCAUGACGGCCGAGCAGGAGGCCAAGGUUCUCAAGCCGUGUGUAUAUAAAAUUCGAUAG